AUCUUCUACAAUUGUCUAUGCACUAUCAAAAUGUCGCUUUCUGUUUUGGUAUCAUCUAGCAAUAAAGGAAUUAUUUUUUCCUAAUUUAUCCAUGAUUUUGCGAUUGAUUGUCCAUAUUUUUAGCCAUAUUAAUAGGAACUGAUAUCCACACAACAAAUAGCCAUGAACACCACAGCCCCUACAUCGGCAGAUGCUUGCCUCAGCAUAGUACAUUCACUAAUGUGCCAUAGGCAGGGAGGGGAGAGUGAGAGCUUUUCAAAACGAGCUAUAGAGUCACUAGUGAAGAAACUGAAGGAGAAGCGAGAUGAACUGGAUUCACUUAUUACUGCUAUCACCACUAAUGGAGCUCACCCCAGCAAAUGUGUUACAAUUCAGAGAACUUUGGAUGGCAGAUUGCAGGUGGCUGGCCGCAAAGGAUUUCCCCAUGUUAUAUAUGCCCGUAUAUGGCGCUGGCCGGAUCUCCACAAAAAUGAGUUGAAACACGUCAAGUUUUGUCAGUUUGCCUUUGAUCUCAAAUGUGACUCCGUCUGUGUAAAUCCUUAUCAUUAUGAGCGUGUUGUUUCACCUGGCAUAGAUCUUUCAGGAUUGACCCUUCAGUCGGGUCCAAGUAGACUAGUGAAGGAUGAAUACACAGCCGGCCUUAGUGGCAAUGGCAUGGACAUGGACACAGGAGAACUGGUGACCAUCCAACACCACGCCACCAGCCCGAGGCAUCACCACUCCACCAUCCCACACCAUCAGUUUCAGACCACCAAUAUCAUUAUAAACCAGGGGCAAACGCCGGAAGGCGUUCCGAACAUGUUUUCGCCGUCGCACGGGCCCCGACCUCCUAUACGGCCGCCGGGAGCCCCUCCACAGAUGGUACACUCGCCGGCACAACAAAUGAUCUCACCACAUGGCAACAACCAGAUGCCUCAACAGCAAAUGAUGCCUGGCACCCCUCAAUUACCCCCUGGAACUCCCCAAAUGGGUCCUGGAACUCCCCAAAUGGGACCUGGAACUCCCCAAAUGGGUCCUGGAACUCCCCAAAUGGGUCCUGGAACUCCCCAAAUUGGCCCUGGAACACCUCAGAUGGGACCGGGGACACCGCAAAUGGGGCCAGGGACCCCGCAAAUGGGGACAAAUGUGCCGCAGAUGGCUUCACCGAGAAUGGCCUCAGCGCCUACUCAGAUGUCACCGGGUACCCCUCAAAUGCAGAAUAUGAAUCAAGGAAUGCCGAUCCCAAGUCCUCAUCAGAUGGCUAUGGGGCAGCAAAGGGCCAUAGCUCCGAAACUGGAGCCCCCUGAUACAAUGGACGCGCGAGCGAUGUGGCUGCCUAAAAGACUGAACCAUUCGGCUUUGCCGGUCAGUAUGUCACCAGGCGGCACCACACCUCUGAUAGACGGUACAACUACAACCUUUUUCACCUCAGAACAAACUACCACAGAUACUCAAUUAACACAGACUUUGCCAGUAGGCACAGCGGCGGUCUCUCCAGUGGCCGCGGAGACCUCCCAGCAGAACGGCUUCGCCACAGCCACCAGCCCCGCUCCACAGCCCAGCCCACUACCCCACCGCACCCAGCAACAGCAACAGGGUACCUGGACGGGCAACAACACGCUGACGUAUACGCAGAGCCUCGCCCCGCCCCCCGCCGCGCCCCCCGCGCCGCAGGACACGCAAACGCCGCACCAUCACCAUUACUUUAAUGGCAAUCCCGGCGGUUUACUGUCAAGCCAGCCAGCACCAGAGUACUGGUGCUCUGUUGCGUACUUCGAGCUCGACACGCAAGUUGGGGAGACCUUCAAGGUUCCCUCCAGCAGACCCAACGUUACUGUGGACGGCUAUGUGGAUCCUUCAGGAGGCAACAGAUUUUGUCUAGGAGCCCUAAGUAAUGUACACAGAACGGAACAAAGCGAACGAGCAAGACUGCAUAUUGGCAAAGGCGUUCAACUUGAUCUGCGAGGCGAAGGCGAUGUUUGGCUCCGUUGUUUGUCCGACCACUCGGUGUUCGUGCAGUCGUACUACUUGGACAGGGAGGCGGGAAGAGCGCCCGGUGACGCUGUGCACAAGAUAUACCCUUCUGCGUGUAUUAAGGUGUUCGACCUGCGGCAAUGCCACCGUCAGAUGCAGACGCAGGCGGCCACAGCGCAGGCGGCCGCCGCGGCGCAGGCUGCAGCCGUCGCCGGCCACAUCCAGCCGCAACACGCGCAGAUGAACAAGUGUCUAACAGCAGCAGCGGGUAUCGGCGUGGACGACCUGCGGCGGCUGUGCAUCGUGCGGCUGUCGUUCGUGAAGGGCUGGGGCCCCGACUACCCGCGGACCUCAAUCAAGGAGACCCCAUGCUGGGUUGAAGUGCAUCUCCAUAGGGCUUUGCAGUUAUUGGAUGAGGUACUCCACACGAUGCCCAUCGACGGUCCGCGGAGCACCAUCGAGUAGGAGUUGAUCGGCUUCUUUUGAGGCCUUCGAGCGAACGGACCGUGUGCCGUGCAGUGACAGUGUUGACAGUGUAGUGUCGUGUACGGAUUGUGUUGGCGUGACAAGUGUUGGGACGUUCAGGCUCAGGGAGGAGUGUUUUAUGAGUGUACUGGUUUUGUGACUGAAGCAGUGGUGGUUCAGACUGUGUGAUUGAAAAGUCUUAAGUUCGAAUCCUACAUGUGUCACAGGAGUUUGUGUUAUUUUUUGUAUUACUUUAAUUAUUCAAAUGUGGCACUAAUAGUCUAUGCCAAUAAGACACGUCGUGUUGUUUACUUGCUUCCUGUAAGGAAAACAUCGUGAGUAAACCUGUUGUUUUUAUUGUCAAACUUUGUCUUCGUUAUAAAUAUCUACUUUCUAUAGCAAGACAUGAUAAUACAAAUUUUAAAAAGGGUUGGCCUCCUGGGUUUCACAAUGUAAAAUGAAUUUUUAAUAUAACAUUUACCAUUAAAGUAUAUUUUAUAUUUUCUCACAUAAACUCUUAUCAGUAUCAGUUAUAGUAUUGGUGCACUCAUAAAAUGUGAACCUCUAGCUCUAGGUUUUGUUGUAACUUCGAAAACAAUUUACAAUUAAUUUUCAUUGAACUAUAUAAAAUAAUAAAUCAAAUAGUGAUUACUAAUUACGUUAUGGUUGCCAUAUAGCAUUUUAUAAGUUGUUAUAAUAUUUUUUAUCUAUAUUUUACUUUUCGGCCCUGUCUUCCAAAUUGAUUCUUUUAUUUUGUCUUCCGUUUUCCCAAAAUUGUUGGAAAUUGUUUUGGAUUGGUAUGUUUAUGAAAGGUAACAAUCAUUGCACAGUGUUGCAUCGCUCGUGUUUAUAAAAAAAAGGUGAACUGAUAAUUUAUGUCUUGUAUUUAUUUACUAAAUAAGGGUGGUCUGUAAGCAAAAAUGAUAUUGUAACUUCACUUUGUUUCAUGCAUACUAUAAAAUUGCUGUAAUACGAACAAAGUUUGUACUUCAGCGUUUUUAGAAUACAAAUUGAGUAAAGGUUUAUUUUAGUUCAGCAUAGCUAGUAGCCAGUUUAGCUUUGAUGUAAUAAUUAAAGAUAUUGCUAAUUUCAAUCAUUGAUUACUGGAAAAAACUUGUGCAUCACUUGGUUGAUAUACAUAUAUUUUUAGGGGCUGUGUAAGGAUCAGGUGUUCCUUUGAAAAUAGUUCCACGCCACAGUCAUACAUUUCAUGUAUACAUGUAUGUCGUUAGCAAUAACACACCUGAAACGAAACAUACUUACUCUUUACUGAUCACCCUUAUAAUACAUGUAGGUUUAAAUGUAGCUAUCUAUAUAUUAUAUAACAGUAUUGAGAGAACAAACUAAAUAAUAGAGUGAAGGAUCUCACUAAACUAUUUUCACAAAUCUUAAAAAAUCGUUAUUUAAGAUAAUAUUUAACAUGAAUCAGCUCAAGUAUGAGUUAGUGAACUUUAUACGAAUUUUAGCAGCAGUUAUACCAAAUAAGGCAUUUUUGUACUAAAAUAAGGUUAAAUACGACAAGACAUAAUUAUAGUUCAACUUGAAAGAAGCCAAAUCGGAUUAGCUUUUGUCCUAGUGAGUGUAAGAUAGAUUAGUGUUAGUUACGUAAUUUAUGAUAGGAUAUGCGGCGAGAGCGGGGUAGGUGAGGUUGUAUUUUAUAGUUUGAUGUGCCUAAUUAGUGGAAUUGCAUGAAUCGUACAAAAAAAAAUUACGUAAGACCCUAGAACUUGAUUGAUCAGAUUAUGAGUUUUUUAAUAUUUUUAUUUGAAACUAAAUUUUUGUAAGAAAAUCGAUUUGGAUAUAUUGGCAUUAGCUUCCAUUAUCUAUGCUUUUUGAAAAUAAUAAAUAAUGAUUAAAUUCAGAAAUUCAUGCAAUUUAGCUAAAUUAUUUUAGAUGAUCUGUGAUGUGCUAACAAAAUGUCGAUAAGCUAGGAUGCUCGGCCGCUGCGAACACUCGCCAAAACCUCUCAUCUUUGGUGAAUGUUAGACUAAGUUAGUCUAAGUAUAAAAUGACAUAUUUUGUGUACGAAUCGUAAACGGUUUAGUAGGUACAUAGUGUAAGAGUAUAGUGGGAAAAUGGGUCCGAAAUUUGACUCGGGAAAUGGAAGGGGUUAUUUGCUUUUUACAUACACAUCUAUUUUCAAUAUAUAAAUACUUUGUUACCUAGUUUAAAAAAUGACAGAGUUAUGGCUUUGAUGUCCUUCCCAUAAAGUUAGAAGAAAAAAAUAAUGUAAUUUUUUUCUCUCUAUCAAUAUUUUUGGCCCCUUCUGUAAUUGUAGUUAUAGUGAGUUGUUGUGUAUGGUUGCGUUUUUGUAUUUUGAACCCUCAUUAUUUGAGAUUUCGUAGUUUGCUUAAGAAUUGCUUUAAUAUUUUAUUACGACUUGCACAUACGAUUGAUACGUUUUAUUACUGUUAGUGAGUGUUUUUUUAAUUAUUAUUCGAGCUUAGUUUUUAUGAAUAAAUAUUAGAUGGUAAAGAGAGCAGUUCAGGAUUUGUUAUAUAUUAUUUUCGGUAAAUAUUCCUGAGAUAUUAAUUUGUUACUGACAUCACAAUUCGGUUUAUAUUUGUUAUUGAUUUUGAUUACUUGUUAUCACUGAUCACAUUUUGGCAUAAAAAUGAUUCCCCUGAACAUUACAAAAAAUAUAUACUAAUUUGCGUAAUUGUGGAUUUUAUUUAUGAUUACUAUAAAUUAUAUUAAUAUUGAAAAAAGUGUAUAUUCGUCUGAUAAAUAUAUAUUUAUUGCAAUAUAAAAAUAUUAACACCUUGAUUCAUAUAUGAUCAGUGAAAAUAGGUCUUACAAUUAUUUUUCUUUUCGAUUCUACAAAUUAUUGUUACCACUUAAUGUUUUGGAGUGCGAGUUGUGUAAAUAGUACAAUUUAUGGAAAUUAAUAUGGAUAUUUUUAAUAUACUGAGAUGCGAGCGGAGAAAACUGCAGAGGCGAAAGCACAUUUGUAUAUACAAACUGUUUGGUUCUAUAUUAUCUUUUUUAAAAAAAAAAAUUGGGCUACUUUAAACGUAGUUGGGUUGUCGCACUUUUUUUUUAUUUAAAUAAAAGAUUUUGUUGAGAUUUUAAGCAUUUUUUUUGUGUCGUCAAAUAAUUACUUUGAUGUAUACAAACGUGCUAUCACUUAAAAUAUUAUAAUAUAUACAGGUGUUUGCGAGUCGGUACUUAGAAAUUAUAUUCAAGAAAUUUCUCAUAAUAAGCUUCACAAAAAUUAUAUCAAAAAUACCUCUUUUAUAGUGAUGAAAAGGAUUCAAAGGGUUUUUAGAUAUUAUUAUGUGGUAAGUUUUUUAAAGAUGUUCAAGUUUUGAAUGAUAUUUGUCAAAUUCUACAUUAAGCAGUUACUUACCCAAGCUGUUUCAAAUUUCAAUUUUAUGUGAAACCAUUGCAGUUUUUGAAGAUAUACCGAAGUUAUCCAAAGUUGAUUGUUGGACGUAACUGUUCGCUUUUGUAAAUACGCGAGUCGUGAACGCGAGUUUGGCCCUUAAGGCUUACGAUUUAAAUGUUAUUAUUCCAUAUUUUUUUCAAGCACAACACGAGAUUAUCUGGAUUUCGAUAUUAACCUUCACUGCAGAAUAAAGUUGAAAGUUACAUGGCAGUAUAAUGAGCAUUGUAUUUAAGAUACGUUGUCAACACAGUUUAAUUUCGACACUUUAAUUUAACGAAUGUUUUUAUAGUUACAUGUGUCGGAAUAGUUAAUACUUAAAGCUGUCAACGUUAUGUCCCGAUUUGAUUUUGUACUUUACAUUUUCUAUAUUUUUGAGAACAUUUUGUCAGUCAACUAAUAUACAACACUAUACAAAAUGUCCUAAUAUGAAAUAGCUUUGCAAUAAAUACUAAUUUAGUAAGUAUAUAAAUUUUAAAGCAAUAACAUGUUCAAAAUGUAUUCAUAGAAGAGUUUGUUUUAUAAAAUUAUCAAAUUUCCUUUUAUUUAUAGUUAAAUAGUGCGUUUAUUUAACACUUUGGUCGAUUAUUUGGUUAACUCUUUGUACCACAUAUUAUUUUAUUACGAGACACAUUGUUCGUACUAAUAAAAGUACAUUAUUCUCAGUA